AUGAGGCCGAGCCUCCAUGCUCGCAGGAAUUUCUUCUUUAUCUCGUGCGUUGUCCUCGCAGAGCCCGUAUCGUCCACCGUUUUGUUGCCAUUCAUUUACUUCAUGGUCAAGGGGUUCGGGUACUCCGGAGGGGAAAUAGGCUUUCGCGCAGGCAUCAUCACGUCUUCCUUCUUUGUAGUUCAGAUGUUCUCUAAUCCUAUCUGGAGUCUUCUUUCUGAUCGUGUUGGCCGCAAGCCAUGCCUGGUGUUAGGUCUCUUGGGGACAGCGGUGAGUAUGGUCGCUUUUGGGAUGUCGCCGAAUCUCACCUGGGCCAUCGCGUCUCGUUCCAUGUGCGGUCUGAUGAACGGCAAUAGCCCAAUCGCCCGUACUGUGGUGGGCGAGCUGUCAGAAGCCACGGGAAUGGACAAGGCGAAGGCGUUUAGCCUCUUUGGCUUCUGCCUCGCGGCGGGAUGGACGAUUGGCCCGCUGAUUGGGGGUACGCUUGCCGAUCCUACAAACCACUUUGGACUUCAGGGACCGUACAACGUGUUAAAGACGUACCCGUGGCUUUUGCCGUGCCUGUUCAUCGCGGUUUACAACGUAGUGGUUGUCACACUUACGUGCAUUUAUAUGGAUGAAACUUCGUCACUUACCUCAACGAAAGCCAUCCAAGAGAACCACGACAGGGUCAGAACCCAUUGUGAGACUGAUCCCCUGCUUUCAGAGCAUGAUCAGGCCACACGGGAGAGCAGUCAUACAUCAAAUGAUUCCCAGGCAGAAGAGAUGGACGUACCAAGAAUAAACUUUCGAAGAAUUCAAGGCCUCUCCAUGUUGACAGCGAUAUGCUACUUCAUUCACAUAAUCUGUUUCGAUGAGCUCUUCCCGCUCUUCGCAGCAUCGAGCCUCGAAGUAGGCAUCGGUCUCUCUUUCAAUCCUCGAGAUAUUGCUCGUGCCCUUCUAUUCGCCGGUCCUGCUAUGUUUGGAUCCCUGCUGGUGUUCAGCACGCUUCAUCGAAGGUACGGCUCACGCACGCUUUACCGGUCGACUGCUGUGGUUUUUACUAUCGUUUACCCGCUCUUCUCGAUGCUUCCUCACCUUGCAGGAUCGACCGGCGGGUCCAGUCUAUGGAUUCUUCUGACUCCUCUCGUCAUGCUAAGAUACGCCGCAAUGGUCAUUGGACUGGCAAGCAUCCAAAUAAUAUUCAAUGAUGUGGCUGCGCCAUCGGAGCGUGCAUUUCUCAACGGACUGGCCCAGUCCGUAGGCUCUUUCGCUAGGGCCAUAGGGCCCACGCUGGGAGGCACCGUCUGGUCCUGGAGUGUGAGCAACGGACUUCCAGCGCCACUCGAAUUUCAUGCGACGGUGGGAACUCGAAUCUCCCUCAACUAUACGAUCUUCUACAGCUGA